AUGCCCGUUGCUGUAGCAAGUUCGUUUACAUAUCAGAAAAUGCAUAUUAAAUCUGACCAGCACGUGUCGAUGAUGUUUUCAUAUCAUCGUAGCAUCGGAAGCAUCUAUUCGAUGGAACUCUGCGUGAAGCUCCAAUAUGUGGGGGGCAGCUCAUCUAGCUCGAAUAACGUGGAGGAAAUGCGAAAUUCCGGUGCUGGUGAAGGCAUUCCAUUUUUGGACACAGGUAGGGGUCGUAGUCCGUCCUUUAAUGCCUUCGUGGCUCCCGCCCAGAAUACAGAAAUACCUGACCAACGUCCCUUCCCCAAUGUCCAUGUUGCGUAUCCGGAAGGAAUGGCCGACGGGUUGGCUAACUCAUCUGAGGAAGACGAGAUUGAGAAUGAUAGUAGAGAGGAAGCAGAGCUUGUUCCGGAAACCCAACCGGUUCAGGACGAAAGGGUCAUCCCAAGUGUUGUUGAACCCGUCAAUGUUGCAAGGGUCGGAGCUCUUUCCAGCGGCACCCCCGACCAUUACCUGCACCUCAGUCUUGGUCCAAUGAACUCGACAAAUGUAGAGGACAUACACAGUAACUAUGGUUUGACCGGUGAAAUGGAGCUAGAGGUUGGCAUGAAAUUCGUGAACAAGGAUGCAGCAAUGCUUGCUGUUAAGAACUACAACAUCCGUCGAAGUGGAGAAUUCAAAGUGGUGGAGUCAGAUCAUAGUAGGUAUGUUUGUCGAUGCAAACUUUUUGGUGACCAAUGUUCCUGGAUGGUGAGGGUUGCAAAGACGAGGGCGUCCAGAUUUUGGGAAGUUCGAAAAUACCAAGGGCCUCACACUUGUUUGGCGUCUGCGACUUCGCAAGAUCAUGCUCAACUGGAUUCAAAUGUCAUAUGCCAGCACAUAUUCCCUAUGGUUCAAGCAGACGCAACCAUUUGCAUAAAAGUGUUGCAGGGAUCUGUGGAGUCGGCAUACGGAUACAAGGUGUCUUACAAAAAGGUUUGGCUAGCGAAGCAAAAGGCAAUAGCCAGAAUCUAUGGAGACUGGGAUGAAUCUUAUAACCAGCUACAGAGAUACUUCAACGCGUUGCAAACUUUUGUUCCAGGGACAAUUGUCGACCUACAAACCCGACCAUACUACGUGGGCAACACACUCGAUCGUGAAAGCGUCAUGUUUCAUCAAGUAUUCUGGUCAUUCCCAUCGUGUGUCGAGGCAUUCAAGCACUGCAAACCUCUAGUUUCGGUUGAUGGAACACACCUGUAUGGUAAGUACACGGGUACCUUGUUGAUGGGAAUAGCACAGGACGGAAACAACAACAUUCUUUCCAUUGCUUUCGCGCUAGUGGAACGGGAGAACACAGAUGCAUGGUGCUUCUUUCUGACCAACUUAAGGAGACAUGUGGCUACGCAGCCAGCUGUUCUACUGAUCUCUGACAGGCAUGCUGCUAUAAAGGCUGCGCUUGAGCGAGAGGGUUGUGGCUGGGAACACAAUGUUUACUGCAUCCGACACAUUGCGUCCAAUUUCACAACAAACUUCAAGAGUAAAGAAGCCAAAAGACAUCUUGUUAGUGCGGCAUACUCCAAGACCCAAGCGCAAGCACAAUACUACCUAGAGUUAAUCAGACGGUCGAAGUGCAAGUCCUAA